AUUAUAAUGAUAUAAGAGUUUGAAGUAACAAAAUAAAUGAUUCUUAGAAAUUUAAACUUUCAGCGCUUAACCCUUAUUUAGUUUGCUCUGUAUGCAAUGGAUAUUUUAGAUUUGCGCAUACAUUAUCAGAAUGUGGUCAUACAUGUAUAAAUUUAUGAUAUAAGAGUUUGUUUUGUAUGUAUAUCAAGCAAAAUGUACUGUCCUAAAUGCCCUAAUAUAUAAAUUACGAAAAGUACUAUAAGAAAAGAUCCUUAUUUGUAAUCCAUAGUUGAUAUGCUCUUUCCAUAAUUUUAAUAAGCUGAUUAAAUAAUAUUAGAUCGCCUAAAAAAAUUGUUUGGAAAUAGUAUUGAUUUCAAUGAUUUAUAAAACCUUUUGGUUGAAAACAAUAAAAAAAAAAAUAAAAAGCAUAAAUUUGAAUAGAAAUAAGGUCUUGUGCAUUUAGUAUAAGAAACCUUUAAUGGAACCAUUACAUAUGAUUAAUUCAAAGAUAAUAUAUAUGAUGAAUAAAAAUUUAAGCAAUUAUUUGAUUAUGUAAGGAAAUAGAAAAUAGCCAGAGAAGAAUAAAUGAUUAAUCGUAUACCUGGUUAAAAUAACACAAAUAAUACUAAAUUAUCAGUAACAAUAAUUGGAAAAACAGAACAAGAUAAGAAAAUUGCAAAGUUAGAUUGUAAAGUUACUUAUCAUCCAAUUGAAUAAUAAGGAUUAAUUAAAAGAUUAAGAAAACUAGUUCUAAAAUCAAUUUUAAAAUAAGAUCUUAGUGAUUAAAUUAUAAAUAAAAGCAAAGCAAAUCUUUAAAAUGUAAGAAUUUAUCAAAUAAUUAGAUUGCAUUAUAUUUUAAGAAUAUAGAUUUAAGAGAUGAUGAUGAUGAGGAUUCAUUAUUUAUAGGAAUAGCUGAUCCAACUAUAGUUUAUGAGGUUAUGUUUAAAGUAUGAC